UUUGUCUGCCGCCCAUACACCACAAAUUCAUUUUAUGAAUUUAAUAAUUUUCUCUUUUGAUAAACGAGAAUUUAUUAAUUUUCUUUUUCCAUGAAAAACAGAGACAUUCAAAUGGGUGGCACAGCCAUUAGCCACUUCUGAAGGAGUAACAUUUCUUUCUGGGUCUCUCUCUCUCUUUCAUUUUCUCUGCAAACUUUUUUGGUGUGUGUUUGGAUUUUGUGGAGUUGGAUAUGGCUUUGAAUCUGGUACCAUCAGCUGAAAUGAAGGCUAUCUCCUUCUUGGAUUCCAGCAAGUCCACUCGCCUCCCUAAGCUUCCAGGUGGGUUUGCUUUGAAAAGAAAGGACUGCAGAGUAGCAUUUAGAGGAAACGUUCAUUGUUCAGCACAGCCUCCUCCUCCUCCUCCUCCCGCCUGGCCUGGACGAGCUGUUCCGGAGCCCGGUCGUGUUGCUUGGAAUGGCCCAAAGCCUAUCUCUAUUGUUGGAUCUACUGGUUAUAUUGGAACUCAGACAUUGGAUAUAGUAGCAGAAAAUCCAGAAAAAUUCAGAAUAGUGGCGCUUGCAGCUGGUUCCAAUGUAACUCUUCUCGCAGAUCAGGUGAAAAGGUUCAAGCCUCAACUAGUUGCAGUUAGAAAUGAAUCAUUAGUUGAUGAACUUAUAGAGGCUUUAGCUGAUGUUGAAGAAAAGCCUGAGAUUAUUCCUGGGGAGCAAGGGAUCAUUGAGGUUGCCCGCCACCCCGAUGCGGUUACAGUAGUUACUGGAAUUGUAGGUUGUGCAGGAUUGAAGCCUACAGUGGCUGCAAUAGAAGCGGGGAAAGACAUAGCUUUAGCCAAUAAAGAGACCCUGAUUGCUGGAGGUCCAUUUGUCCUUCCUCUUGCUCACAAGCAUAAAGUAAAAAUUCUUCCUGCUGAUUCUGAACAUUCUGCAAUAUUUCAGUGUAUCCAGGGCUUGCCAGAGGGUGCACUUCGGCGUAUCAUUUUAACAGCAUCAGGCGGGGCUUUCAGGGAUUUGCCAGUUGACAAGUUGAAAGAAGUUAAAGUUGCUGAUGCUCUGAAACAUCCCAACUGGAAUAUGGGCAAAAAGAUCACUGUUGAUUCUGCUACCCUUUUCAAUAAGGGUUUGGAAGUCAUUGAAGCUCAUUAUCUAUUUGGAGCAGAAUAUGAUGAUAUUGAGAUCGUGAUUCACCCACAAUCUAUCAUACAUUCAAUGGUUGAAACACAGGAUUCAUCUGUUCUGGCCCAACUGGGCUGGCCAGAUAUGCGCUUGCCAAUCCUCUACACCAUGUCAUGGCCAGACAGAAUCUAUUGCUCAGAAAUAACUUGGCCUCGGCUUGAUCUUUGCAAGCUUGGUUCGCUGACCUUUAAAACUCCUGACAAUGUAAAAUACCCAUCCAUGGAUCUUGCCUACGCUGCUGGACGGGCAGGAGGCACAAUGACUGGAGUUCUUAGUGCAGCUAAUGAGAAAGCUGUAGAGUUGUUUAUUAAUGAAAAGAUCGGCUAUCUUGAUAUAUUCAAGGUUGUCGAGCUGACAUGUGAUAAGCACCGGUCAGAAUUGGCAACCUCACCUUCCCUGGAGGAAAUUAUACAUUAUGACUUGUGGGCACGAGACUAUGCUGCUAGUUUGAUAAGCUCUUCUAAUUUAAGUCCUGUUCCUGUUUGAAUGACAGCUUAUCCAUGUUGUCCAGGGGAUUUUUUCUUGAUUUAAAAGCUAGGCGGUAUAUUAAAUUUCCACUAUAACAAUUUUUUUCCUCUCCAAAGAUUGGAAGGGGAAAGAGGGGGAAUGGGUCUUUGGUGUUUGAGCAAUUGUUUCAUACAUAAAAUUGUAAAUAGGCAUCUGAAAAUGUGUUCCCCCAUUGAAAGGUAUCUAAAUGUAUGAGUGCAUUCCCCGGUCAAAUGGAAACAAUAAUAUCCGUAAUUCCCUCAAGAAAUAAAUAAGCUAGCUAAUGGAAAUUAGAUUUUAUGUA